AAUGUCAGCAAUAUAAUAUAACUCAGUUAGAUCUAUGCAUCAAGAAGAUUCAGAUCAUUGAAAAAGUUUAAUUACAAAAAAAACUAUUAUGAGCAGUGAAAUUCCGAAAAUUGCCGGGGCAAUCGUUCUGCCACAAAUUGGAGGAUGGAUCAACGGGUACCUCACAAGGCAGGAAAUCAAAUCCUGGUACAGCACACUGAACUUUCCUUCCUUCCGACCGCCGAACUGGAUUUUCGGCCCGGUAUGGACUUCCCUGUAUGCCGGUAUGGGAUACGCCUCAUAUCUGGUCUGGAGAGAUGGCGGAGGUUUCAACGGGAUUGCACAGGGACCACUAGUUCUUUACGGUGUACAACUGGCAUUAAAUUGGGCGUGGACACCCAUUUUCUUCAAGAAGCACGAACUGAAAUGGAGCUGUGUGGAGUUGACCGCAUUGACAACGGCAGUCGCUGCCACAGGAUUCGCCUUCUUCAAUGUGAAUAAGUUGGCCGGGCUCCUGUUCAUUCCGUAUCUGGCGUGGUGCUCAUUUGCAACAUUACUCAAUUAUAAAAUAUACGAAUUGAAUCCGUCAGACAAACCAACGGCAACCAUAGAAGAAGUCAAAGAAGAUAAGGAUAAGUAAAGCGAAAGCAAUCAACAUUUAUCAGCAGCAGGUGAAACUGGUGUCUACGGUUUAUUACGUCAGCAUAUUUGCCUUACUAAUCAAAAGAUAUUGUAAAGCCGAAAGAAAAUAAAUAUUUACACGCUUUUGAACAAUCAUCACACACCAUA